AUGAGUGUGUAUGAGGAGAGAGAGCAGGAGGCUCCUGUUUACACUCAGAGAGCAUCAUCUCCAGGAUUCAGCUGUGUGUCUAUGAAGAGUAACAACUCCAUGUUUCAGCCCCCUGAUCUCAGUGAUGGACCUGCUGUGACUUUUGACCCUGUUGGUGGGAGAGCUGACCAGAUCAGAUAUGUGUCCUGUCCGUCCAGCACAUCCUCCUACAGUCAGAACCACUUCAGUCAUCAUGACACAGAAGCAGCUCUGCAGCUCAAUUCUCACCAACCAGUUUAUGAUGAUCUUCAGAGAGUCAAAGACCAGCACAGAACCAGCAUGAAGAACAAGUAUGAGAGCGUAUUUGAGGGAAUCAAACUACAAGAGAAUCAAACUCUCCUGAACAGGAUUUACACACAGCUGUACAUCAUAGAGGGAGAGAGUGAAGGAGUGAAUGAAGAACAUGAGGUGCUGCAGAUGGAGAAAAGUUACAGGACACUCCAAGACACUCCAAUCAACUGCAAUGACAUCUUUAAUCCUUUACCUGAACCAGGAUAUGAGGAGAACAGAAGAGAGAAGAAAGACAAAAUAAAGACGGUUCUUACUAAAGGCAUCGCUGGAAUUGGAAAAACCGUCUCUAAUGGACACCUGGAUCUUUUCCUUCGAUUUCUUCAUGGCAUCUCACUGGAGUCCAAUCAGAGACUCUUACAGGAUGCACUGAUACACACAGAGAACAACCCAGAGAUCAUCAAGAAAAUAACCCAAAACCUCAAACGAGGUCAAAAAAAUUAUGUCAGUCCUGAAAGAUGGAUGAAUCUGUCACACUGCUUGAUUGAGAUGAAAGAUAAUUCUGUUGUUAAAGAAAUGCAGGCAUUUUUAAAUUCUAAAACAAAAAGAAAAAAGCUUUCUCUUGCACAAUGCUCAACUUUGGCGAACAUAAUCCUGAUGUCAGAGGAGGUGUUGGAUGAGUUUGAUCUUAAACAGUACAAUAUCAAAACAAGAGAGGGUCGAUGGAGACUGUUACCUGCUGUGAGGAACUGCAGAAAAGCUUUUUUGGCAGGCUGUAAUCUCACUGGUCAGCAGUGUGAAAUUGUGGCUUCAGCUCUACAAUCAUCUAAUUCCCCCCUGAGAGAGCUGGACCUGAGUAACAAUCAUCUGCAGGAUUCGGGAGGGAAACUGCUUGCUGCUGGACUGAAAAGUCCAAACUGUCAACUCAACAUACUCAGAUUAUCUGGCUGUUUGGUGAAAGAGGAAGGUUGUGCUGCUCUGGCAUCAGCUCUGAGUUCAAACCUUUCACACCUGAGAGAGCUGGACCUGAGUAACAAUCAUCUGCAGGAUUCAGGAGUAAAGCUGCUCGCUGCUGGACUGAAGAGUCCAAAUCAACUCAACAUACUGAGAUUAUCUUACUGUUUGGUGACAGCAGAAGGUUGUGCUGCUCUGGCAUCAGCUCUGAGUUCAAGAAAAGGAUCAAUUCAGACAAACUCUGAAAUGACACAUGGAGUGACACUCAUAGACCUCAACCGAAUGGCCAGAAACAUCCCUGCAUUCACACCAGAACUGGCAGGAGACCACGACGUCCACGCCUACCUGCGAGACAUUGACUUUUACCUGCAGUCUUGGACCAGUGUGAGCCACCACGAUAGACUCUAUCUGCUCUGGAUCACCUCUAGCCCAGAGGUACGACGCUUCAUGGCUCGACAGCCAGGACACAUCCAAUCAGACUACCAGCGGCUUAAACAAGCCAUCAUAAAGGAUUUCUCAGACCCAGACUCCGAACACGGACUGAUCGCUGCCCUAGACACCAAACAGUGCCGUCAUGAAACUCCCCAUGCUUACUACCACAGACUUCGAUGA